UAAGUGAUAAUUGUGAUAAUUAAUUAUGAUAAUGAACUGGCUUGUCUGUGUUGAGGUUUGCUUCCAAAGAGAAUCGGUCACAAUCCAGGCUUAAAGGAUUGUCGGAGCUGUGUCAAAGGUCAAAAGAAAAAAGCUAGGAGUCAAGGGGCCCCAUUGAGACUCUGUGAAAAGUCAAGUGUCUCCAUGUCUUCUCCAAACAAUAAGGAAAUAUUUCAAAGACCUCAGUCAUCAGGAGUAAUCAAACACACAAAAAGAUACACCCCAGAGGACAAAGUGAAACCUACCUCAGCCUUCAGAGAUACACACAAAUGUCUGAAACCUGCAGAGACACACACACCUCUCCAUGAUGACCCCGGACGAACAUCACCAGCCUCUGGUGCAUGUUCACGUGUACAAACUGACUGCAAACACAGUCAAGCAGGUGUCCGUGUAUGUAACCGCUGGCUGUAUCUGCCCGAUGAGGUGUGGCUGUCCAUCCUGUCUCUGCUGCCUCACAGUGAACUGUGCAGAGUGGUGCAGGUCUGCAGCCGCCUGCACACACUGGCUGCUGAUCAUACACUCUGGAAAAAUCUGAGGAUUGAAAACUCCAACCUGACGGAGCAGUGGUUGCUUUGCGUGGGCAGACGUCGUCCUCGCAGUCUGUGUCUGUACAGCUGCAGCGGCCUGUCUCUCAACUCCUGGUGGCUGGAGGUGUUUUUCACUCUGUGUAGAAACUUUCUGGAGGAACUGAAGGUCACAAGUUGUACUGGUCCGGGUCUCAACGGUGACCAGAUACUGCUUCUGAUAGGUCAACUAUGUCAUCGUGUGACCAGUGUGGAUAUGAGCUGGAGUGGAGCAACAGACAAAGGAGUGAAAGCUCUGAGUGACUGCUGCCCAGGGUUACAACUAAGAUCCAUUGUCUUGAACGGCUGUCAUGUCACUGAUGACCCACUGAUGAAACUCGUCAUGAGGCACAAAGAAAGUCUGUGCAGAUUGGAGGUGUUUGGAUGUCAGUUCAUCACUCCAUCCUGUCUACAGGGAGUAUAUGAGAUGUGUCCUGGCCUUCAGCGUCUUAACAUUGGACAGGUGCCAAAAGUCAACUCACACAGUCUCACUGUGAUGACAUCCCAGCUCAAAAGUCUCAUUGCACUAAAUCUCACUGGACUACAGGCAGUUACUGACGCUUCAGUGGACACUUUGCUUCAGAACUGUGUCGAAUUUCAGAGUUUGAUCUUCAGUUCCUGUCCUGGAGUCUCUGACCUGACACUGCACAGCAUCAGCAAAUACACACCUUUCAUCAGAUCCCUGGAUGUGAGUGGCUGUAAGGCAGUAACAGAUGUAGGAGUUCGGUCUCUGGCUCUGGGAUGUAGAAGACUUCAGCAGCUGGAUCUCAGCUCCACUGGCACAGGAAACAGAGGGGUUUCUUUGCUGGCAAACUACUGCAGUGGACACCUCCAUACUGUCAAACUCAGUUUCUGCCACAUCACCUUAGAGAACAUUCUGAAGCUCUGCAGACGCUGCAAGAAGUUGAAGGUGCUCCAUCUCUACGGCUGUGCCCAUCUCCCCACUGAGAGAGAGAUCAGAGACACUAAUGCUACUGUUACAGUUCACCCUCUGCCCUGACUCACACACAAACAC